AAGUGAAAGUGCAGGGUUGAGUUGACAAGGAGAAGGAAAAAGAGCAUAUGCUAGAGAGAUAAAUAAUAUGCGAAAAGGAAUACCGUUAUGAGAGAGUGCCACGUGUCACGCUACAUGGCAAGCAGGCAUCGCAUCUUGGAACAUCCUUCAACCACAUCCCCCACUUCCUCCCUCCUCUUCCUCUGCCUAUGGCGCUCCUUCCCCAUCACCAUCACCAUCACCAUCACCAUCACUAUCGCCUCCUCCUCCUCCUUCUUCCUCUUCUUCUGCCUCCUCUUCUUUUCAAUUCCUUAAUCCCUGAUCCAAAUACAAACAAAAAGAAAAACCGAAAGCAAUAGUGUGUGAUAGAGGGGGAAGACCGGAAGAGAGCGCUCAGAGCCAACUAACGCUGCUCAAAAAUCUAACCCAAUUGGGUCGCGUUCCCACUCCCAAAUUUCCAAUUUUUAUUAUCUAUUAUCUAUCUAUAUCGAAUACCCUCUAAUUCGCCAUUCCAGUCUUCAACCUCAUUCUGAAUCGUGACACGCGAGAGUUCUAUGAUGUGAAUUGUGAGUUGUUCUCAUGUGUAAUAAAGGGUUUCAAUGUUUCCUGAGCGAGUCUGAGAAUCUAAUCAAUCAUCCACAUCCACCACAACAACAGCAGUUACACUAUAAUUUCAUGGAUAGCCCCACUGUGGCUCAAUCACCGCCGGCAUCGAGCCUCAACGAUGAUAGCCGGCGUGUGAAGUUCCUGUGCAGCUUCCUGGGGAGCAUAAUGCCCCGCCCACAAGAUGGGAAGCUGCGGUAUGUUGGUGGAGAGACGCGUAUUGUGAGUGUUCCAAGAGAUGUUAGCUAUGAGGAGUUGAUGGGGAGGAUGAGGGAACUAUAUGAAGGUGCUGCUGUAUUGAAGUAUCAGCAGCCUGAUGAGGAUCUUGAUGCACUUGUCUCUGUUGUGAAUGAUGAUGAUGUAGUUAACAUGAUGGAGGAGUACGACAAGUUGGGGUCUGGAGAUGGGUUCACUAGGCUUAGGAUUUUCUUGUUUUCGCAAUUCGAGCAGGAUGGUUCCUCACACUUCAUUGAUGGGGAGGACACUGAGAGGAGGUAUGUUGAUGCAUUGAAUAGUUUAAACGAUGAUUUCGGUAGGAAGUUGCAACAAUCAGAGUUCAGUAUGAUGAGCCCUGUGGAAGAUAUCCAUGUACCUGAACAGUUCUUUAGUCCACUUAGUGUGGAGAGUGGGAUGCUUGGCCACAGAAAUGGGGAACUAUCUAUGUCUCAGUAUAAUUUGCAUCAUCUUGCAAUGCAGCAACAGCAGCAGCAAUCUAUGGGACAGAGGUAUAAUGAAAUGGAUGCUCCAUGGAAUCCUUCCUAUUUCUCUCCUAGGCAUCAUGCUCUCCAUGACUCAAGAUCGUUGGUGGAAUAUCCAUCUUCUCCCACUGGUACAAGGUACCGUAUACAAUUUCCUGAGAUGCCGGAUAAGAGCAUUGAUAGAGUGCAGGAAGAGUAUGCUCGAAUUCAUGUGAGUCAACAUCCUAUCUAUGACAAUCAACAGCAAUAUUCUGAAAAUGUAGUUUGGAUGCCUACUGGUGAGAAGUCAGGUUUUCCAGGCAACAUUCUUCAUGGUGCCCAUGUCAUGGAUGGGAACAGUAGAUAUGGUCAACCACAUCCAUGUGCGGAAUGCCAAUCAAACAGGGACAAUUUUGCAGUGAAUGCGGAUGCAAAGUUUCAUCCUGGAAUCUAUCCCAAUGAGGAGUCAAGAGGACAUGCCUCGGGCUCAGGAAGAGUGAAUGAUCAUUAUGGUGGUGAUGUUCCUGUUCCUGUUCCUGUUCCUGUUACAAAUUUCUCCAUUGGGCAUGGUAGUGUGUCUGAUGGACAUAACUUAUCUUCUAAUUAUAUUCAUCAACGAGCUGGACCGGAAUUAGGGGCUGAACUUUUCCCUGACCAAACUGCAGCUGCUAUACCACAUCUGAAACUUCCUUCUCUGGAAGAGCACGGUAUGCAGUACAGCAACCCAUCUUCUUCCUUUGGAACAGAUAAUCAUUAUGCUGUGCCUCGUGGACAUGUGCCUGGGCAUCCUUUCUGGAGGAACACUCCAACUCCAGUUCAUAUUGGACCAUCAUACGAGGCAACUGCUCCACCUAAUGGCAUUAUAAAUGCUGGAUUAAUCAGGGGGGAGGGCAGUCCUGGAUUUUUCAUUGGAUCAGAUGGUCAAAAUGCUUGGGUGGAUCCCUCACAGAAAUUGUCAGGUCAUGAUGGGUUAGACAUCCCAGAACACCCUUCUGCACAAGCGCAGAAACACCCACUUCCAGUAGAUAGUCUUCAUCCCCCACAGGACAAAAAUUCUGGUAUCUACACAGAACAUGUGCAGCUGCUAAAAUCACCUCUUAAUAUGGUUCUGAACCAAGAGGUUUUAAGAAAUGAUACUCAUAUGACAGAGGCAAUGAGUUUGCUAUCUCGAAGUUUGCGUGAAGGAAAAGAGGAGAAAUCCGAGGAUAUAGUUGAAAACUGUGCUGCACACAUGCAGAAGAUAUCUUUUGCAGUGCAGAAUAAAACUUCUGAGAAUGUAAGCGGAGCUGCUAAUCCUGUUGAGUCUAAUAAUUCAAACACAAAACCUGCAGAAGAGGUUGCAAAUGUUGAAAAACUGAGUAAUAAGGACCCACCUGUUCCAGAAGAUUCUAAGGAUUUGGUCGAUCAAUUCAGCUUUUUGCCCGAGUUGAUGGCUUCUGUCAAAAAGGCUGCAUUAGAAGUUGCUGAGGAGGUGAAAACUACAGGUUGCAUGAAUCCUGAUUCUCAGAUACAGAAUUCACCUCCUAAUGAAGACACAACAAAUGAAGUUGAACCAGUGAAUGCUCAUGGUGAUCUAGAAUUGGAUGCUGAAAUUGACCACGUAGAUACUUCUAAAAUUGAGCCUACUGAAGCUGAGGAAGAAGCAAUCGCUAGGGGAUUGCAGACAAUAAAAAAUGAUGAUUUGGAGGAAAUCCGUGAACUAGGUUCUGGAACUUAUGGGGCUGUUUAUCAUGGGAAGUGGAAAGGUUCUGAUGUUGCUAUUAAGAGAAUAAAAGCCAGCUGUUUUGCUGGAAGACCGUCCGAAAGGGCUAGAUUGAUUGCAGAUUUCUGGAAAGAGGCAUUGAUGCUGAGUUCAUUGCAUCAUCCAAAUGUUGUCUCUUUCUAUGGCAUUGUUCGUGAUGGCCCUGAUGGUUCUUUAGCAACUGUGACGGAAUUCAUGGUUAAUGGAUCUUUGAAACAGUUCUUGCAUAAGAAGGAUAGAACGAUAGAUCGUCGGAAGAGGCUCAUCAUAGCUAUGGAUGCUGCAUUUGGGAUGGAGUAUUUGCAUGGAAAGAAUAUUGUGCAUUUUGAUUUGAAAUGUGAGAAUCUAUUGGUCAAUAUGAGAGAUCCACAACGUCCUGUCUGCAAGAUUGGUGAUUUAGGUUUAUCAAAGGUUAAACAGCACACACUAGUGUCAGGAGGGGUACGUGGAACAUUGCCAUGGAUGGCACCUGAACUUCUUAGUGGGAAAAGUAAUAUGGUAUCGGAGAAGAUUGAUGUUUAUUCAUUUGGGAUAGUCAUGUGGGAAUUGCUCACAGGGAAUGAACCCUAUGCUGAUAUGCAUUGUGCUUCAAUAAUAGGAGGAAUUGUGAACAACACUUUACGUCCUCAAAUCCCGACAUGGUGUGAUCCUGAGUGGAAGUCUCUAAUGGAAAGUUGUUGGGCUUCUGAUCCUGCAGAAAGGCCAUCUUUUUCAGAAAUUUCAAAGAAGCUGAGGAGUAUGGCUGCUGCAAUGAAUGUCAAAUAGUCUGUUGUUACCCUUCUCCCAUUGUAUGUAGCAUAGGGUUGGUAAAAGGAGGGAAAUAAGGUGAAGCAUGUUUCUUCCAGUUCAAGAAUCAUGAUGCUUAACUUAAAAGAGAAGAGAAGGGAGGGAGUGGGGGAGAUCUUAACUCCCCUGUUAUUCAAUCUUAUCCAAGCUUGUACUGUAAUAUCAUGCCUUGGUUUAGUCUAAAAGAUCUUUUAUAGUGUUGCCUUGAAUGGUAUUUUAGAUUAGUGCAUAUAGUUGCACUGUAGCAUGAUGGAUUUUCUCUCAGAAGCGGCAUGGUGAUCUGAAGAGAGCUACAUGUGGAAUAUCAAUAUAUCACAGGCUUUUGCAGUUUUGAAAGUGAUCAGGUUUUGGUGGUAGCAAUUGUGGUUUUACUACCGCCUGUGGAGGAACCAUGCCUUCUCUCUGGAGGGAUGUGUACAUAAAUUUAACCAACAUGUCUCCUUUAUUUCUAUGCAAAUGUAAUAAAAUUCAAUUUGUCUUCAAAAUUAUAUUUGACAUUAUUUUUUAUAUUAUAUCAAAGAUGAUAUAUGUUCUCUCAAUAAGAACAUUCUGCUUAAUUAGUAAGUAUGUUUUGCCUGCCACUUUUCUCAAAUAUGA